CAUUUUAUGAGCAUCUGAUUGUGGAUAAAUUGGGUUGUUAUCUGCAAAAAUUUUACCACACCCUAAUUUCAACGAGCAGAUAAUUCACAUAACCUUGCUGCAGACUUUAAUUUUAAACGCUUUGUUUAAGUUAGUUUAGUAAGUUAAGUUUGUAUUGGUAUAAUGUAGUUGCACUGCCGCAAAUGUAUCUCAAGUCCAGUGAAUCUAGUUUUCCAAUUUUUACAGUCAAAAUUUGUCAAUGAUUGAACGUCUUUUUAAUGUUUUGAUCUUAAGUUUUGAAGAGUCAAAAUAUCCAAAAACAAACAUCCUUUCCCAUAUGCAUAAAUACAACUGUCCCGUCCCCCCCCCCCUCCUGAAUGGGCUGGAGUCUCAGGAGUGAGAGGAGGAAGUCAAUAUUUCAUCAGACCAUGCUGCACAACAAUGACACUUUUACUAUUUUUUAUACUUCUCUUGGUUCAAAUUGCAACUGGGAGUAGGUAUAUCUACUUCUCUAGCCUAUCUCUUCCACUCGAUUGGGAGUAGACACUACUUCAAAAACAAAAUAGUUCACUCACACAGUACUUUAAAUGUACCAUAGGACUUCCGAUGGGAUGGUGUGACCUUAAGGUUUCAAGUUCAGAUCCCGGACUUGAGUCACUUAGAGUUCAAGCAGCUCUGAUGGGUUAUUUGGACACUAGUAAAUAAAGCAAGUUGGCUACAAAACUAACAGAAGAAUGUCACUUGUCAAUUUAUUUAAUUUAUAUAGGAAAGACUUAAAAUUAGUCCAAACAAUAUGGAAAUCCCUUUGUCAAGUCCAUAUUUUGUGUCAGAAUCAAACAGAACAUUUCAACAAAUGUUGUCUUGUGGUAAAAAACAGUUAUCAAUUUACACACAGCACAGAGAAUACUGAAACAGCAUUCAUGAGUAGGGUUGUUGGUUCCUGUAAAUUGUAUACAAGUUGCAGAAUACUUGCUAACUCAGUACCUCAUUUUAACUCUCUGGCAAAGGCAGUGGUAGAGUCUGCUUCUAUGAAUGAUGUUAUGGCUAGUAGUGUGCCACUAGAUAAAGUAUCAGAACUGCUGAGUGAUCUCUACAAAUUAGGAUUUUCAAUAGAUUCUUUUGCCAAACUUCUGUCCCAAAAUGUCAGCUUACUGCGACAGUCAUCAUCUCUACUGGAAAUGACAAAAUAUUUGAGAUCAUACGGUUUACAACACAAUACAAUCAUUGUUCUUUUAGAAAAAUUAUCUAGACAUUUUAGUUUUGAUAAAAAGAACAUGGAAGAAUUUUCUAAAAAAAUAACAUAUAGUAUGGAAAACUUUCGAAACAUGGGAUUUUCAGAGAAAGAUUUGUUGUCUUUAGUAAAUAAUGACCCUGAAGUAGUAUUUGUUGACGCCAAAGUUGCUUGUGAUAUCUAUAGCAAGUUAAAACGUAUAUUCACUUCGGAGAAAGUCAUCAGUGUUAUUAAAAAGUGCCCAAAUGUUCUACUUGACCCUUGGUCAGAGACAUUACAAAAAUUUGAAUAUGCCUACUACAACAUGUAUUAUGACAUGCCUGAAAUUGUUAAGUCAAGACUGUUUUCACAUUCACUUGAACAUAUAACUGACCGGCACAUAUAUUUAGUGCGUACUGGAUUAUUUGUGCCUUUUAAAAAGAAACUGGAUCCUAAUCUGAACCCUAAUCCUCAUCUGAAAGAUAUUGUUGAUGUCUCUAACCAUGCAUUUGCUUCUACAUUUGCUGGGCUAAGUAAAGAAGAGUAUAAAGUUUAUUUAGAAAUAAGAGCUCUAGAAAGGGAGGAAGAAAAUCAAGAAAACAAUGAUUCAAGUAGCAGUGAUGAAGAGUAAAUCACUAACGGCUGGCUUAUAAGUUUUGUUGAAAAUGUAUUAAAAUUAAAUGGAUUUAAAUAUC